AUGGGUUGGCAGGUUUUGGAUGCUCAGCGUGUUCUUUAUGCGGACAUUGAUAUCCACCAUGAAAAUGGUGUAGAGGCCUUUUACACAACUGAUAGAGUGAUGACAGUUUCUUUUCAUAAAUUUGGAGAUUAUUUUUCUGGAACAGGAGAUAUACGUGACACUCGAUUUGGGAAAGGGAAAGACUAUGCUAUAAAUGUCCCUUUAGAUAUUGGGAUGGAUGAUGACAGCUAUGAAUCUCUAUUCAAACCUAUUGUUUCAAAAGUAAUGGAAGUUUUUAGGUCUACUGCUGUUGUGCCUCAGUGCGAUGCUGAUUCCUUAUCUAGAGACUGA